AUGGAGUUGGAUGUUCGCCUGUGUCACAAUGGAAGUAACAAUCCCUUAAGAUGGUCAUCAGUGUGGCGCCUGCUACAACGCCUCCGAUGCCAAAGUCAGUAUAGGGAGUUUAUGAUAAUAGAGUGUGGCUGUCUUUUGAGCCUUGUUAGUUACAGGGUUUAUCAGAAUAUCACUACAGGGGAGCAAGUAACACUGGAGGAUUGUUGCUCCAUUUCAUUGAAGUUCUUACAAGUUGAGUUUCCAGAUUUGUGCUUAUUUUUACAGGUCUUCCCAUAUGGAUCAGUACCACUAAAAACAUAUCUUCCUGAUGGAGAUAUUGAUUUGACUACCCUUAGUUGUCCAAGUGUUGAGGAUGCCUGGGUAUCUGAUGUUCAUGCUGUUCUGAGGGAAGAAGAACAUAAUGAAGCUGCUCGGUUUGAAGUGAAGGAUAUCCAUUGCAUUGAUGCUGAGGUUAAGCUUGUGAAAUGCAUUGUACAGAAUAUCGUGGUAGAUAUAUCAUUCAAUCAGUUAGGAGGACUUUGUACGCUUUGUUUUCUUGAACAGGUUGAUCGCCUUGUUGGUAAAGAUCAUCUCUUUAAGCGCAGCAUUAUUUUGAUAAAAGCUUGGUGCUAUUAUGAAAGUCGUAUUCUUGGUGCCCAUCAUGGUUUGCUUUCAACCUACGCUUUGGAGAAAUUGGUCCUUUACAUUUUCCAUCAAUUUCAUUCUUCCCUAAAUGCACCUUUAGCAAGAACCCGCAAAAUAUUAACGGAGAAGAUUGCUCAGUUGAAUUCAGCCAUAGACGAUGUUUUUGCUCAGCUUCAUGGAGAUGAUGCCCCUAAUGGAGCUGCAGUGAAUUCAGAUGAAGUUGGAGCUUCAAUGUAACAGAAUAUUUGUUGUAAUUGCCAUAUAAACCGUCACUACUUACGUGGGAUUAGUACUGGAAAAACAAUGUUUUGAAUCCUUUAUCCCUUUUAAUUUUCUAUUCGGUUAAUAAAUUCAGGUUGAUUGUACUUAUAUAAAAAAUUUACUAGAAAUGAUAGCAAAAUAUGAUUUGUUUCACAGUAAUUUUCUCUUA